AUGUGCUCAAUAACGAGGCUCGCGUUUGUGCUUGCACUGGCUAUAGCCUCAUCAACUGAGGUUGCAGAGAGCAGAGAUUUUAAUAUCUUGGCUCAGGGCAGCUUGCCUGAUGCAGCCAAGGGACUAGGUCUAACUGCAUCCAGUGGAAAGCUGUGUCAAUUAUGUGAGCAGUACUCAACUGAGGCACUUUUCUAUCUCACACAAAACGAAACACGGACUGAAAUUCUUAGCAUUCUACACCAUGAAUGUGCAAGCCUUGCCCCUCUGAAGCAGCAGUGCAUCACGCUGGUCGACUACUAUGUACCCCUUUUCUUCCUCGAGGUUUCCAUGGUUACCCCUGAAAAGUUCUGUGAAUCGAUGCAUCUCUGCAAGAAGGGGAUGAAGAUUAGCCUACCCACUCGGGAGGGUACUUGUGGUUUAUGCCACCAUGUUGUUGUUGAAAUUCUUGUCAUGGUUAAAGAUCCCAACACGCAGCUGGAAGUAAUCGACCUACUCACCAAAACAUGCAGCAAGGCGCAGAACUAUGAACAGCAGUGCAAGCGGCUGGUCCUCAAGUAUACCCCACUGAUUCUGGUGAAGAGCCAGAAAUUCCUUGAGACAACGGAUGUCUGCUCUGCGAUACAUGCAUGCAAAGCAGGCACACAAGCAUCAAUGGAAGCUAUGCCUCUGUCUGCCACUUUGUGA